UCUAAAUAAAUUCCUUUAAGCCUGCUCUCCUCACCUGAAUUCAAGAUGAUCUUUGAAGCUGCUUCCAUAAUAGUGUUCUUCAUGACCUCAGUGGGUAUAGUCAAGAGGUUCUAUACCCCUCCGAGGAAGAAGGAAGAUGAUAGACUUGUUGAGCUAGAUAAAGAAGAGAUGAUGUACCAGUACCAUGACUGAGUCUCUGUGGUCUAUUCUUGAGUUCUUGUACUCCUGUAUUCAACAAAUUACUUAUUUUAUGGAAUAGACUUUGAAAGAAAAGGAACAGAAUUAGAGUACAAUAUUAUACUCUUUGGUACAAUCUGGUAUAUCUUUGAUUGAGUUCUUAAACAUCAUGAUGAAGUUUAUAGUAUUUUUGUCUGGAUACAUCACACUUUUAUGAUAGCAUCAAUGCUUGUAUGACUCCAGAUUGAGCGAUCGUACUGUUUUGGAGCAACUGUGCUGUUCCUAAAUGAUUGUAUCUAUAUUCUGCUUGUGACAUACAAAACUUUUGAGAGGAUUAACUUGCCAUUCGAUCAUUACAAGUAUAAGAUUUGCUUAAUUUCGCUCACAAUAGCACUUGUUGCAAGCAGGAUAUUCGGAAAUUUCUGGUUAAUAUCCAGACUUGUGAUGACGUCAGACCCAAGCAUCUUGCUGAUCAUGGCUAAUUUUCCUGUGGUAUGCUUCGGGAUAAUGAUAUGUAUCCAGCUGGCAUGCAAAUUAUUUAUGUUAAUACCAUAUUGGUGCUCAAAUCGCACGAUACUCAGAGGAAAGGCAUUUUGGAGGAAUGUCAAAUCCGCUUACUUAAAAUACAAGAGUUGGGAAACCUUGUACAAGUUUGUGGAUAUCAGUGCCUAUUUCUUGUCAGCAUUAGCUCCAAUAGGCAUAGUCCUCUAUUCCAAUUACUCUGAAGAGUUAUUUUAA